GAUGACGUGCCGACUGGGGUCGAGGCGGCUGGGCGGGUCGCGCGGCUCGCUGCAGGCCGGCACCGCGUGCUCCGCCGCUAGCGAGCUGGACCUCUCCUCGCGCUCAAGACGCUCGCAGAAAGCUCGGUUGUUGUCUAGAUUAAAACUGCUGGGCGCCAGCGGCGAAGCGCCCCUGCUGAGCGGCUGGCGCAGCACGCCGCACACGCCGCACGCGCCGGCCACGCCCGCCCCCCACCACUCACACAACCACCUCGCUCCGCACUGCAACGGGACCGACAGUGGCAGCAGAGCCGGCCUGCGCCGGCGCUCCACGUACACGAGCGGGCGGCUGCGCACGGGCCCGCACUGGUCCUUCGUGUUCGACCCCGCCGGCCGGCUGUGCUACUACUGGUCGAUGGUCGUGUCGCUCGCCUUCCUCUACAAUCUUUGGGUUAUCGUCUACAGGUUCGCCUUCCAGGAGAUCAACGGGGAAACGUUGGUGGUGUGGUUUUGCCUCGACUACUUCUCAGACUUCCUGUACCUGGCCGACAUCCUGUUCCACUUCCGCACGGGCUACCUGGAGGACGGCGUGCUGCAGACGGACGCCGCCAAGCUGCGCGCGCACUACAUGAACUCCACCACCUUCUACAUCGACUGUCUCUGCCUCCUGCCGCUCGACUUCCUCUACCUCUCCAUCGGAUUCAACUCCAUCUUGCGCUCUUUCCGCCUAGUCAAGAUCUAUCGGUUCUGGGCUUUCAUGGACCGCACCGAAAGACAUACGAACUAUCCAAAUUUAUUUAGGUCGACCAGUUUAAUACAUUACUUACUAGUGAUAUUUCAUUGGAACGGGUGCUUGUACCAUAUAAUAUAUAAAAACAAUGGAUUCGGGAGUAAAAACUGGGUGUAUCAUGACACUGAAACGGCGGAUGUGGUGAAACAAUAUCUUCAAAGUUACUAUUGGUGCACGUUGGCGCUCACUACGAUAGGAGACUUGCCGCGGCCCCGCAGCAAAGGCGAGUACGUGUUCGUAAUCGCGCAACUGCUGUUCGGGCUGCUGCUGUUCGCCACCGUGCUGGGCCACGUCGCCAACAUUGUCACCUCGGUCAGCACGGCCAGGAAGGAGUUUCAGGCCAAACUGGAUGGCGUGAAGACGUACAUGCGGAUGCGGCGGGUGCCGACUCACCUGCAGGUCAAGGUCAUCAAGUGGUUCGAUUACCUCUGGCUUACGCAGAAGUGUUCUGACGAAGAGAAGGCGGUCUCGUGUCUUCCAGACAAGCUCAAGGCGGAGAUUGCAAUAAAUGUUCAUUUGGACACGUUGAAGAGGGUGGAAAUUUUUCAAAAUACAGAAGCAGGAUUCCUUUGCGAGUUAGUGCUGCGAUUAAGACCGGUGCUAUUUUCGCCAGGAGAUUUCAUCUGCAGGAAAGGGGAAGUAGGAAAAGAGAUGUACAUAGUAAACCGAGGGAAGCUGCAGGUGGUAGGAGAUAACGGAAAGACCGUAUUGGCUACACUCAAGGCGGGUUCUUAUUUUGGCGAAAUUUCCAUUCUGAACAUGGGCACAGCAGGCAACCGGCGGACAGCAUCGGUGCGCUCCGUGGGCUACUCGGAUCUGUUCGUGCUCAGCAAGAAGGACAUGUGGGACGUGCUCAAGGAGUAUCCUGCAGCGCGAGUGCGCCUCGAAGCGAUAGCCGUCAAGAGACUUGAGAAAUACAAGAAAGCGCCGCUAGAAAAAGUGGCAAUGGGUCGCUGCCAGUCGACGCCCGGCCUCGUGGAGACGAGCGGGCGCGUGCCCAUCGAGGAGAUGCAGCUGCCCGCUGCGCACGCAGCGCCCCCGCUGCACUCCUCACACCCGCCUUCCUACCGGGACCAGCUUUAUAGUUCGUCAGUAAGUCCUCUACGUGUAGCAUCUCCUGUGGCUUCUUGCGCGUCAAGCGCUCGGAGCAGCGCGGCCGGCGCGGGCAGCAUGGCCGUCGCCGCCGUGGCAGCCGCCGCCGCCGCCGCCGCGGCCGGCUCCGGCGCCGGCCCGCGCGUCAUGCUCGACUCACAUGACGUGUUAGAAUGUGAAAUCAAGCGUCUUCGGGAACGCCUACACACUGUCGAGACUGAAAACGCCGCCAUGUCGGCGAAACUCAGUCAGCAGCAGUGGGAAGUAGAUCAGAGGCUACAGGAGAUCGAAAUGCAAAUAUGUGGCGGUAGCUCGCUGAGCUCCCAAGAGGAGAAUGAGCGGAACCGUGAAAGCAUCAUUUAACAGCGCGCCUCGCCCCCGGCUGCGGCCCCGCGGCCGCUGCCGCCUCGGCCCGUGUUGCGGCUGUCUGCCGUCUUCUGACCUGCCCGAGCGCAGAGCCUGCGUCGCGUCGUCGGUGCGUGACCGAGUGCGCCGUCGCAACGCCCUCACGUCAUGCACCCGUUCGACGUCACUGAGUGUUAUCGAUCCUCCGAGUACUUUCUGAGAACUUCCUUUGUUACGACGAAUGAUUGCAAUGUGGUUUUACAAUGGAUAAAAUAAAUGUUAUAAUAUUUAAUACGAAUUAACUUUAUCAAAUUUAUACAUAUACGUAGUAUAACGACUCGCUACUGUUUGUCGAGUGACCGUGGAGUGAGAUUAUGCCGAGACAAUAUCGUAAUGUAAAGUCAUUUAAGUGCAUCGAGAUGUGUCGAGUGCUGGAGAGAGUGGGAGCGGUGAGUGCGCUCCGGUUUUCAGUUUCGAGUUAUUUUCACGCAAGGCGUACUUCUUUCUGGAUGGACGUUGAUACGAAUUAUUUUCUUUCUAAGUCAAUCUAUGUCGUGCAUACCUCGUGUCUAUAUGUUAACGACCUUUGUUUUAAUACAUAAAUAAGAUAAGAGUAAGGAAUAAAUUAUUAUAUACAUACAUAUAUAUCUAUUGAAAUUAUAAUGUUUUAUUUGUUUUUGCAGGUGUUAUUAUUCACAAAAUAAUUACGUCUCGAAUUUGAAAUUACAUUUUGAACAAAUUGAACGUUACGUUAAGCAUAUUUAUCAUUAUUCAAAUGAUUAUUACUGAGUAACUAACAAAGGAACUAAACUAAUAAGUUAAGAGUUUUGUUACUUCAUACAUAGAAGAUGGAUGAUAUUACCUAUCCAUUAUAUCUGAGCUUUAAUUAUAAUAAACUCCGUAAGACUUUACCAUGUUCUCAGAACCAUUUAUAGACGCGUUGAUUCCAUACACCACUCUGUCAUGUAUAACGUACAUUGUAUAAUGUAGAUUGUACAUAACUAUGUACUUGCGGUGGCUCCGUGCCGUAAAUAAAGCAGCCGACUCUUAAUAGUAAAGGUCACGUGGUUUAAGAGGAACAUAGUUUAUUUUACUUGAAGCAAGAUCCAAGUGUUUAAAACCUAUACAAGUGUUUCUUUUUCCCCCGGUGUUCCUCUUAUUCCACCGAAUCUUAUGUUUAUGUGUUCAUCUGAAAAAGAUACGGCUGUUUCAAUUACGGCGAUAAAGGUGGUUAAAUUUAUACACGUAUAGUGUACCUUCUGGUGUCUGGAUAGCAUUUUCAUUGAUUACCCAUGUAUAUAUAAUUGAAUUUCUUAAGUAAUUAACGCCGGUAACUCGGAGUGAUGAAAUCGACCAUAGUAUACCUAUUGUAUUACCUAUGUUCGUGAACGAAGUGAGUACUACCUACCUAACGAGUAAGAAACUUAGCUGUAAAUGAAUAAGUACAUCACUUUGGGAACUUCAGAUGAUCAGUACCUACCUACUGCCAGACAUAACUAGAAACUUGUAGCUAAGUAAGAAGUUUUAAUGUAAAAUACUACCUAUACCAUACCAAUUAACUGAAAGACGUUUUGUACUUAUACUUAUACUUUCUAUGAUAUUUAUAAUUAUGUUUAACAUGAUCGUU